AUGAGCAAAAAGAUAGUGCCCAUUUUGAGUCUGUAUGAGCCUACUAUAUCAGAUUCCGAUCAGGUGUUAGCUUCAGGUCGAUCAGCUCGUUACCAAGGAAAACUCCAAUUACAUUCAUCUACUGCAUCCAUCUACAAAACACCUUCAUUAGCUCAUAUGACAACCACGGCUAGUAUUAGAUCUUCCGUAACUGAUUUAGUCAAGUUCAAUAGGCUCUCUCCUCAUUUAAAACCUGAAGAGGAAGGGAAAGAGGAAAGAGUUUCCAAGUUUUUCUUAUCAAUCAAGUUUUUCCUGAUUUUAAUUAUUUGUGGAAUUGUAAUUAUGAGCUCUGUAGUUUUAUCAUCGACAUGGAUUGGAGCUUUAUUGCCCUCAAUCUGGGGGUUGAGUAAUAGUGUAAAGGACAAACAAGUAUUUGAGAUAGUGAAUAAUAUCAAAGAAACCAUACAGGAGGUGCUGAUCGUUUCUUCAGCAACAAAAAGUCAAUUAGUUCAUUCACUGAAUUAUACAGACAGAGCUUGGAUAGAAAAGCACAUGUAUACCAUCUACAAAUCUGAGUUGGAUUUUCACAAGGAUUUAAUGAUUACAACAUACAUUGGAGAUAAUUUGGGAACUUGUUAUGGAAUAAUAACAUGGGAUUCAAAAGUAGCCUUAGUGCACACCAACCUGAAUGAUCAGCAGUUAUAUUUUUGUGAGGAUGUUGUAACAUAUGAUUAUUGUAAACGCAAUUCAAAACCUGAUAUUACUUUAGGCAAAUUUGAAAUGUCAGAAAUAGUUGAAACUGCAAACCUUUAUGCAGGAUUUCCAGCAUUUACACUGAGCUAUGCAGAUCGUACAAUGCCUCAUUGGAAAAGAGCUGCUCCUGUGAAUGGAACCAAUUUUGACUAUUAUUUUGGAUAUGAUAUCAGUGUUGCAACCUUAACAACUCAUGUUGAAAAGAUUUUGGAUCGUUCAUAUGGGGAUAGAUUUGCAAUUGUAGAAACUGCUACUAAUUACGUUAUAGCAAUGGAUCACACAACACAAUUUCUUUCUUGGGAUUCGGAUCGUUAUACUCGAAUGAGUAUAAAUUCAGUCCAAGACACACAAAUGAAAUACAUCUUCUCACAGAUUAGUGGUGACUACUCAUCAAUGAAGACUGUCAAAUGUAAUAAUCAAGAGUAUCUGUCUAAGGGUGGAUAUUUCAUAGCUCUUCAUCGUUACUGUACUGGAAAUAACAUUGAUUGGAUGAUUGUCUAUACAGUUCCUGAAUGGAAUUUUACUGGAAGUUUUAUUGUUGGCAUGUUAUCAGCUUUAACUGGAACAGUAUUGAUAAUGAUUGUAAGCGCAAUUGUUGGAAUUAUUGUUUCAUAUAGAAUUGUGAGACCAUUCAAUAACCUUAUUGAACUAUUUGAGAGUGUUUCUCAUAUGGAUUUAGACAGAUUGACCGUUUCGAAAACCUACUUUUCAGAAGUUGUUAAACUCCAGAAAAACUUUUUAUUUAUGGUGAAUAGAAUUAGAAGUUACAAAAGCUUCAUUCCUCCUCACUUGAUCAGCCAAAUAGAGAAUGGAGGAAUGGAAAUUCCCGAAGUUGAAGAUCCAAGCACUUCACGGCAGCAAAGUGAGGGAUAUAAUUCGAACAAUUCUCUAUCAAGUACUGGAAGUUUACGGAAAACUACUCUUGCGAAGAGUGGAAAGAAGAAGUAUAUUGCUUCAAAAACAAUGUUCUCUCUACACUUGGAAAUAAGGCAGGUUACAAUCGUUACCAUAUUAAUGGAAGGACUCAAUGAAAUGUUGAAUGAAGCAAAUGCUAAAGAGGUUGUGAAUUUGUUGAGUGAUGUAUUUCUGGAGAUUAGUACUGCCGUAAAACCAAAAGGAGGUCAACUAAUUGGAACUGAUAAUGACAUGUUUACCAUUUCAUUUAAUGCUUCGACUGAUCUUUCAAGGCAUGAAGAAAAAGCUCUUUCAGCAUCUCAAUUAUUGAGAGACAAGUUAUCGAAGCUAAAAUCAAUCAAAUGGAAAAAUUUGGAAUAUUGGAAGAAACAUAGUUUCUUUUUGGAUAAAGUCGUUUUCAGAACAGCUAUCCUUUGCCAACAAUCUCAAACUGGAAAUAUUGGUACCUCUGACUCAAAAACUUUUACAAUUAUUGGAAGUUUCAAAUAUAAUGCUGAUGCUUUGCUUGAGGUUGCCCAACGUUUAGAUUUGGAUGUGGUUGUCACUGAAAGAUUAUACUCUCAAUUUUCCCAUUUGUACUAUAUGAGAUUUGUAGACAGUGUCGACUUGGCAAACGACUCCAUGUACACCUCACCAAAGUUUAAAGAGGAUAAUAUCUAUGUUGGGAAUGUGUUUGAAGUUGGUGACUUGUGUGAAACAAAAGCAGAUGAAUGGAUGUACGAAUUGGAGGAACAAGGAAAGAAAGAAAAAUGGAAAAUCUACAAUAAGGCUUGUGAUUUAUUCUUUGAAAUGGUACAUACAGAAGCUAUAGAGCUAUUUGAAGAAUUCCUUCAUCAACACAACCAAACAGCUUCUACCAUUGAUAAACCAGCUCAUCAUCUUAUCAACGUAUGUAGAUCACAAAUGGAAGAAGAAGAAAAAAGAGAGUAA